AGUUCUUUAUGAUUAUUAGCUAUAGUACAGCUAUAUUUGAUAGAGGCAUGAGAAUAUAACAGCUUAAGAGUUUUUUUCGCGGUUACUUUGCAGUAGAUGAGGGUGAACAGGAGAAGUUCCUUGAAUAUUCAAAUACGUUUAAUCGCGCGUCAACGGACCAACCAUGUUUAAAAAUUAACAUCACGUGCAUGCACAGUCGAUGCAUUUUGUUGAAAGGGAAGUAACUUGGUUUCUUGCACGAAGGACAGACAUCAGUCUUUAGAUAACGUUCGACAUGAAAUAUCCGAACAAUGCAAACCGAGGUAGAUUUCGAAUGGGCAGUGAAAUUGAAUCGCAUCAGUUUAGAAAUGAUCGGAUUAUGGCCUAAACCCGAGAAAAUUCGUCGAGAUGAGUUAAAGCGCAAUUUGUAUGUGUUCGUCGUUCUAUUGAUGCUUGUAAUUGUUGGUCUAUUUCCUUGCACUCUUUCGCUGUUGAGAAUUCAACAGAAUUUUACGUUAAUAAUUGAACAAUUGCAAUUUCUUUUACCACUUGUAACUUGCGUUAUAAGAUUGGUAAUUUUUUGGUGGAAGAAAGAAGCUGUAAUAUCGAUAAUGAAUAUGAUAGUAGAAGAUUGGUUAAACUCAAAAAAUAUACAAGAGAAGAAUAUAAUGAUCACAUGGGCACAGAAGCCACGUAAGAUUAUUAUGAUUGCAUACUCCAUAAUGGGAAUAAGUUAUGCCUGUGUUGUCGUUUUGCCUGUUCUUGGAAUUUCAGUAACAUACACAGGGAAUAUUACUGAUAUAAACAAGAUACUACCGCUGCAGGGCUUUUUCAUUUACGAUGCAACAAAGACACCACUGUACAUACUAACGUAUAUUGCUCAAGUUAUCACUUUUUUCUUUGCCGUAAUGGCAUACACAGGAAUCGACAAUUUUCUUGGGUUACUAGUGUUUCAUAUCUGUGGACAAAUGGAGAUCUUAAUGGCUCGCUUUUCAUGCUUGAGUAAAUUAACGAAGUUUCGUAACGGCUUGGAAAGUUGUGUGAGAAACCACAUACGAUUACUUAGAGCCAUUGCUAUCAUAGAAGAUACAUACAAUAAAAUACUAUUGGCAUUGUUUCUAUACUUCGGACUUCUUUUCGCUUUCUUUGGAUUUCUGCUUAUUAGCUUGAUUGAAGAAAGUUAUGUUUCUAUUACUCGCAUAUUGUAUCUCGUAAGUAAUCUUAUUAAUAUGAUCGUUCAUAUGGUCUUAUAUUGUGCCGUGGGUGAAAUUUUGGUAUCUCAAUGUGAUAAAGUUUAUUAUGCAAUAUGCGAUCAAGAAUGGUAUUUGCUUGAUCCAAGAAAUGCAAAAGAUUUGAUAUUUCUAAUGAUACGAACGAGAAUAUCAUCUUACAUUACGGCAGGGAAAAUAUUUCCUAUGACAAUGGCUACAUUUUGCAACCUAGUAAAGACUUCGGUCAGUUAUGUAUCCGUUAUGGUUACAAUCAAAAAUUAAUUAAGAAUGUACUUGUGGCACAAUACAAUAAGUAAAAUAUAUAUGACACGAAUUGACCGGUUACCACACAUUUGUUCUCACCUUAUGAUAUGUUCUGUUAAGAUAUAGACACGAAAUGUAUAAACUGCUAUAAAACUUCUAUAAAAAGGAAACUGAAAUGCAUGAUAAACAAAUAAAUAAAAUUCGUAAGUAACACAAAUCUAUAAGUAAGUAUGAUAUCUAAACUAUCUACUUUUUAUAUAUAACUAUCUGAUUUUUCUAUAGUUUUGUCUAUUUCCUGUCUAUAUUGUAUAGUAUACAUUAAGAAUCAAUGAAAAAAUAAAAAUUUGUUAUACAUAUUUACAAUUUCCAAACCUUACUUUGCAUGCAAAGCAUUAGAAAAGUUACAACAAAUAAUUCUGAAAAAAAUUACGCAGUAAUCAUAGAACAUGUGGAAAUCCUUGAUAUGUGAACACUUUUAACGCGUUGCACAUUAAAACGCCAACGAAAAGAAGAAUAAGCAAUAUCGAAAUAUAUUUAGAUGUACAAAGGUCUUCUUUUGUAAAACACUCACAUUUAAUUUUACAUUUACUGCAAAAGGUACAACAAAUAUUUUGACACUUUAUUAACAAAAAUCUUUAUAAAUUAUAAUACCCUUGCGCGGAAACACUUUUUGCACAGUAUAUAUGAAGUCACUAAACAAUAGAAUAAGCACAUUAAACCAUCAACCAUAUUACAAAUAAAUCCUUUUUGUAAAAAUGAUUAGUUAUAGCCAGUCUAUGAGUGAUGUAGAUACGUGCCGCAUUCUAAACUGAAUACUCCUAGUAUCUGGGAAGUAACAUACGCUGCCAUUGCGCUGCGCGUGAACUUGGCGCGAGAUACUACCGUGUCUCUUGAUGUACACGCGUGCCAUUUGUAUUAAACCAGGUUAUCUCACCGCUGGAGGAAUAUUUCCGAUGGCAAUGCUAAUAAAUAUGUUAGCUGGUUAUAUAUCCGUUUUGCAUACAAGAACGAGAUAAUAAAAAAGGGACAAGGAGUUAUAAUAAAAAAAGAGAGCAAAAAAUAAAA